AUGCUAACGCAACUGUUCGGCCCUACGUGGCGCCGCCAGCUCUGGCAGCUGGUGUACAUGCUGAACAUGGUUGCAUUUGCGCUUGUGUGCUGGAAAGGAUACUCUCUAGUGGUGGAUACCGAGACGCCCGUUGUCGUCGUGCUGAGCGGGAGUAUGGAGCCUGGCUAUUACCGUGGCGAUAUCUUAUUUCUUGCGAGCUAUCCUCGGCCAUACAAGGUCGGCGAUGUGACUGUGUACAGCGUUGAAAACGGAAAGAUUCCGAUUGUACAUCGCGUGAUUGAGACGCACUCCGACCAGGUAGUGGGUCGCGUUGUGGGGUAUAUCCCGUACGUGGGGUACGUGACACUGGUCAUGAACGACUUUCCCAUUGUAAAGUACAUUGUGCUGGGGCUUGUCGGUAUCUCGAUGCUCUAUGAACGCGAAUAG